AUGAUUAGUAAAGCCAAAACCAAUCGAUUAUUGAUUUUAGCCGGACUUACUAUGUUUAUACUUGGUGCUGCUGUCUUUCUUCUAAGAUUCGGCCGAUUUAAACCCGUCUUGUUUCGCAGCGGCCAACGCUACAACAAUUUACAAGGUUCACUCGAUCCAAACAGCUACAAAACCAUUGUUCUGCCCAACAAACUCCAAGUUGUGCUAGUUACUAAUCCCGAAAGUCUAAAAAGCGCUGCUUGUUUAAAAGUUCAGGUUGGCAGUAUGCACAACCCCCGCGAUCAUCUUGGCUUGGCCCAUCUUUUAGAACAUGCACUGUUUAUGGGCACCAAGACCCAUCCCGAUGUUAACUAUUAUCGAAAGUUUAUCCAAGAUCACGGCGGGAGUAGUAACGCUUCAACGGCCCAAGAGUACACAGAGUAUCAUUUUGAUGUUUCAUCAAACUAUCUCGGCCAAGCACUAGAUAUAUUUAGCGGCUUCUUCAAGUAUCCACUAAUUGAUGCUCAAUACCUCGAAAAAGAACUGAACAUUGUGCACAACGAAAUGGAAACAGGAAUGGGUAAUGAUGCCAAACGAGCUUUUAUACUUGGAUUACAUCUUACCAAACCCGAGUCUCCACUAUCGAAGUUCACAACUGGCUCGCGCGAAACUCUCAAAAGCACCAAGCGAGAACAUUUGCUUUGCUUUUGGAAACAGUACUACCGACCAGAUAAGAUGCAGUUAGUAGUCUAUGGAAAAGAGUCGCACGAUGUCCUAGAAGGCUAUGUCAAAAAGCACUUCUCGGGUAUCAAGACCUAUUCUGAUCACCAGUGGAUCUUUUCCGAUCCACCCUACGAACUGCUGGGUGACACCCUUCCCAAACCAAGCGAAACUGAUACGUCACACGAGCUAAUCCGACCUGAUUUGCAAAACAAACUGGUAUACUACAAACCCCAGAGCUCCAAAGCCACAACAACCCAACUAACUGUUAAGAUUCAGCUACCCCAAUCACUUCAUGCAUACAAAGAGAAGACAGCCGAAUUUAUAGUUGCCGUGUUUAAUGAAGGAAAAGAGUUGAAUGGAUUCAACCUGCUAAUCAAUAAUGGUGUGAUUGUAUCUACCAGCUGUUUUGUCAGUAGCUCUACCACCAGCACAUCUAUAACGAUUGGGGUUAAGUUUAAGUCCAGUACGCAGACUCAGAUAGAAAGUGUUCUCAAUCUCAUCCAGGCCAAACUAGAGCUAGUUCGCCAAAUGGGCACACAAGAGCUCUACGCCACUUAUAAGAAGAUAUUCCAAAACCGAAUGGAGGAUCACGAUCCCUGCGGACCACUAUCCACGGCUUUAAGUAUUGCCGAAGACCUUCCAUGGAUGGCAUUAGAAGACAUUUUCUCUCUAUCAUACCAAUGGGAGGCCUUCAAUGCCAAGGAAUUCCAUCGUUUUGUUGACAUUGCGCUGGACCGUUCAAAAUGGCUAGUGACGGUUCGAACAAACGAGCUACCAGCCAAUGCUUCUCUCCAGAUUGAGCCCUAUUACUACAUUAAGUAUGCGGUAGUGGACCUAACUGGCAAAACAGACGCCAAAAUAGAUUCAAUUGCCCAACAAAUGGCAUGGAAUACCAACUAUGUCUUUGAAGAGGUUGAUUUAACUAUGGCUAGAAAGAACAAGCAGCUUUCGGCUAAGUUCGGUAGUCUUAUUACAAACACCAGUGUCUGUCCCUUUAUUGAAAAGGGCGAAGAGGCGUAUGCCAUUUCCCAUCGCGAGCCCGGUUUAGACGCCCAUCUUAUCCAUAACAAAGAUAUCACGACGAAAAAGACCAGGGUAACAAUUGUUUUGGAGACGCGGGAGUUUGAAAAAGACGUUGCUACGUAUGUUGCUUUUGGUGGGUACUUGGCUGCUUAUGUGAGCAAUUUCAUUAUUAAGCAUCGUGAGCAAAUCAGGAUAUCUAACACCAAUAUAUCGUCUCUUGAUGUUGACACUGGAAAGCUUCGCAUAACAUUCCACGGGUAUCCACUAGCUAUCCAGGACCUCAUUGAUCUAUUCUUUGUUGAUUUUGCUGCUUCUCGCCAAGACUCUCUUGUCCGAACCCAAACAGUUACCCCAGCAGAACUUGAGAGACUUCUUUGCUUAAAGCCCUAUGAGAUUUGUCUGGUAUUGGGAUUUAGAAUGUACACUCAUGUGCUGCCUUUUACCCCAGCUGAGCUCAUUGCGGCCGCCAAGAACAUUAAGCUCGAGGACAUAAUUGUUAUUUCCCAGGCCAAAAUAUCUAUCUUUGUGUUCGGAAACACCACUGAAAACGAAUUCCACCAGAUCAUUACAACAGUCAAGAAGCACGUUACACCAAUCCCAGCGCAGCAAAUUGCCAUGUCCAGCCCACUAUCAACGCGUCUUGAACUGCCUGCAGAAGACAAGCUUAACAAUGCUAUCAUGUUAAUCCAGGAAGUGACCGGAUUUGGCCCAAUGAGAAACUUUGCGAUAGCUGCAUUGAUUUGCCAAAUCGAAGAAGAGGCAUUCUUCACUCAGCUCCGAACCAAAGAAGAGCUUGGGUACAUUGUUGGCAGCCACCUCACUAGUGGUCGCAAUAAGGACUGGCAUCUUGCCUUUAUUGUCCAGGGGUCAAAAGACUUAGCCCACACCGAGUCCCGCAUACAGGCUUUUAUCCAAACCAUAAGCAGCCACAUUGCCGGUCUCUCUGAUGAGGACUUCGAGAAGCACAAGGUGUCUCUUAUAACCGAUCUAAAACAAAAGCCUGCUAACAUUACCGGCUAUGCCAAGAGUGUAUGCUUUUAUUGGGAAGACAUUGAAGAAGGUCUGGAAGCCGCAGCCAAAACCCAAGCCAUGGUUGCCAGUCUUACCAAAAAUGACUUAGCUGCCUACAUGCGCCAACAUGCCAAGAACUUUGUGACAAUCUGUUCUUCUAACAAGUUUGCUAAGUCGGUAUCUGCGCAAUCUACCCAAUAA